AUGGACGUGAAAUCGUGCGUAGGUAGUCCAGAUGCCUUUUCUCAUCCAUUGACUCGGGCUUCGGAUAUCAAUCGCCGUCAAGGAGGUCAGGGACGCGUUACUUGUGGAUAUUACUAUGGAGAUACGCAAUCUCCUUUAUAUAUGGGAACAGACUCAACCUGUACAACGGCAUAUCCUCUUGGAAUUUGGGGUUCCUGUAUCUAUAGUAGCAACGUUCCAGUUUGUUCGCUUUAUGGUGCUUGUGUAGACGACACUAGAUGCACUGACGGAUGUACGCCCAAUGUCAAUUCUAAUAUAAAUGCUAUUACAGUCACAUUAUCUUGUUCUACAGAUUACUGCCAAAGCUACUUGCUGUCUGACCAAUCAAGCCCCAGUCUUGGCACCCAGACUUCAUAUACUUGCAACAGUACCUCGCAAAUAGCACCGGUACUUAUUUUUGCGUCAGCACUAGAGACUCCAAUGAGCGUGCUGGCCAGCACGACCUCGGUUUCUGAUAUAUUGGUUACCUCAUCAUUUAAAUCUGGAUUUAUUGUAGCUUCUACAUCUUUUGAUCGACAAUCAAGUUCGAGUUCGUCUACUUCAUUAACUAACUCCCUAUCAAGCUCCAGCUCCAGCUCCAGCUCAACACCAAGUACACCCCAAGAAACAAUAACAACUGUAUCUCCAAACCACGCCAAUUCUUCUCACAACAGUACCGGCAUAACAGUAGGAAGUACUAUAGGAGGGGUUGCCCUUAUUACCUUAAUAAUGCUCAUAAUGUGGCUCCUCCGUAGACACAGAAAAAGACACGCUCAACUAUCAAAUACCGAACCACAUUUCGAUAUGAGAGAUCCUAGCGAUCACGUGCUCGAGUUAAUGGAAAAGAGUGGGAAUACACCUGAGAUCGAAGGAGAAAUGCUAAGAGCAGAGAUGGAAACCCCAAGAAUAAAUAUGGAGCCGGCUAAGAUAGACAGUCCUAGGCUUAAUAGUGAAAGGUUUGAGAUGGGGGCGUAA